AUGGCUACUGAGGAAAUUAUCGGUACUAAUGCGUCCGCUUCUGUGAAUGACAAACCAUUCAAGUUUGAGGGAUCUAAUUUCAAACAUUGGCAAUCAAAGAUGAAGUUUUUCUUAACUCUGAAAAAGGUUGCCCACGUUCUGACUGAGGAUAUCCCUAUUCUUCCUUCUCGAUCAAUCGAAAUAACUAAUGGUAAGUCAACUACUGAAUCAGACGGAACCUCUAAAAAGGAUGGAGUUUCUAAAACAUAUGAUGGAGACUCUGCUGCAAAAGAAAAAGCCGCAGCAGAUAACUUACAGCUCCGAAAAGAAAUUGCCCUAUGGCAAGAAAAUGAUUACCUAUGCAAACAUCAUAUUCUGAACAGUCUUGCUGAUGACCUGUAUGACUACUACAGUAAUCACAACACUGCUAAACAGGUUUGGGGAGCUCUCCAAAGGAAGUAUGGCACUGAAGAAGCUGGUGCAAAGAAAUAUGUUGAGAGCCGCUACUUGAAUUACAAGAUGGUGGAUGAAAAGCCUGUGGAAGCUCAAAGUCACGAGAUUCAAAAAAUUGCUCAUGAAAUCAUUACUGAAGAGGAAGCUCGGAGACAAGAUCAGAAAGAUGAAGUCUUAGUUGUUACUAACAACAAAAAGAAAUUCGGUGCGGUUCUAAAGCCUACUGGCAACAACCACCACCUCAAAGAAAUGACGCUCCGAUUUUCACUUGCUACAAUUGUGAAAAACCGGGUCAUAUGGAAAAAAAAAUGUAAGAGCAGGCCUAAACCUGUUGCUGGCUCAAAUUCUCAGAUUAACAUGACUGAUGAGCCAUUUGUUGCUAUGAUUACUGAAGUCAACAUGGUUGGUAGAAGUGAUGGUUGGUGGAUAGACACUGGCGCCUCUCGUCAUGUCUGCUAUGAUCGUGCUAUGUUCAAGACAUACACCAUUGCUGAAGAUAAGAAAGUACUGUUGGGAGAUGCUCACACCACUAAUGUUGCUGGAAUUGGAGAUGUUGAGCUGAAAUUUACCUCAGGAAAAACUUUGAUCUUGAAGGACGUCAUGCACGUUCCUGAAAUUAGGAAGAAUCUUGUUUCUGGUUUUCUUUUAAAUAAGGCAGGGUUUAGUUAA